AACUCGGCAAAUCUCAGCUGCUAAGUUCUUUGGUUAUGCUAAUGAGACAAACUUUGGCCACUCCGAUCGUUGGCAUGUCUAUAAUUGAAAGUUCUGUCUCUUUUUGGUUGAAUGAAGUUGGUAUUGCUCUGCGGAUGAAACAAGGUCACUUGAGGAAACCCCACCCAAUUGAGACACACCUUGUGCCGAACAAGCAAAUCAUAUUUUGAGCCCCAAGAAACCGAUAAGAUAUCACCUUUUCCCGAAGGUUAUAAGAAGACCAUCGAGCAUCGAUGGCUGAGCAUAGAGCUUUCUAGCCCGGCAUGAAGUACUCUACCUUGCUAAUUCUGGGCCUAAUUUUGACCCUGGCCCUCACGGGCGAGGCCAAGUCCAAGUCCAAAAAGCAGAAAAAUAAGCAGAAGGACCUGGCCCAGCAAGAGGCAAUCCUGCCAAUGGCCGAACCCUGCAAACCCAGCAAGUGCAAAUUACCCGAUUGCCGCUGCUCCGAUGCCGUUUUACCCACAUCCAAGUUCCAGGGCAAGGAGAACGAGAUUCCGCAGUUCGUGACCAUCACUUUCGAUGACGCUGUAAAUGCUGUCAACUUCGCCCAGUACGAGCUGCUCUUUGAUGGAUUGAUCAAUCCAGAUGGAUGUGGAGCCGCCGGUACCUUCUUUUUGUCCCACGAGUACACGGAUUACGCGAGGGUGAAUGCACUCUAUAGGGCCGGUCACGAGAUAGCCCUACAUUCGGUGACCCAUGGAGAUGGCACCGAUUACUGGCGAUCGGCUGAUGUGGCGACCAUCGAGCGAGAGUUUGGAGCGCAGCUCAAAAUGUUGGAGACCUUUGCCAAAGUGGAUCCCAAGAAGAUUCAGGGAAUGCGCCUGCCGUUCCUCCAAAUUUCGGGCAAUAACACCUUUGAAGCAGCCCGUCGCUUGGGCUUGACCUACGACAGUUCCUGGCCAACGCAAAAGUUCAAGGAUCCGGCCAUGUGGCCCUACACCCUGGACUACAAGUCCAAUCAGGACUGUCAAAUAGGACCCUGUCCAGAGGCAUCCAUUCCCGGAUUCUGGGUGAAUCCCAUGGUCACGUGGACCGAUACUGAGGGCUACAGUUGCUCCAUGAUCGAUGCUUGCGUUUACCCGCCCGAGGACGAUGUGGACGAGCUGUUCGACUGGAUGAUGGAGAACUUCAAUAGGCACUAUCUUGGCAAUAGAGCUCCCUUCGGGAUGUAUCUGCAUGCUGCUUGGUUUUCGCGUGGUCGCAAUUACUUUGGUGCCUUUAAAAAAUUCAUUAACCACCUGAACACCUAUUCGGAUGUGUAUUUCACCGGAAUUUCACGAAUGUUGGAGUACGUGAGAAAGCCCACGCUGGGCUCCCCGUUCAAGGACUGUCCCGGUUUGCCGGAGGCUGAGUGUCGAGCGGUCCAGUGCCACGUCCAAAAGAUGUCCACCGGCGAGGACCGCUACAUGACCGUAUGCGACAAGUGCCCGUCCGUCUAUCCCUGGCUGGACAAUCCUCUGGGUCAGCAGCUCUAAGCCCGCCAGCCUUUCGCGCAUGAAGCGUGUACACUUCAAAAAAUAAAACGAAAUUUCUGAAUAGAAAAAUA